AUGUCAUGUGCAGAAACAUCAGCCACUUGUAAAAUUUUUGAUAUUGUAUUCAUUAGCAGCUUGUACGAAAUAGUUUAUGUCGGCGUGGUCGUUUUAAUCGCAUCGGUUCCUGGAAGACAUACUGGCGAAAAAUUGAAGAAAUUUGGUCAUCCGCGUUUAGGACAGGUAUUACAUACCCGUAAUAGUCAGAUCCCUUCAUCUUGGCCAUUGAUCGGGCAAUUUUCGAGUAUUGGUUCUCUAGGUGUUCAGCCUGCGGCUUGGUUUACUACAGAGUGGUCUUCCAGCUUAGCUGGUCGUGGUGCUAGGGGCUUAAGAAUGAUUUAUCCUUGUGUCGAAGAUGUUCGUAAUAGCCUGCAGGGUUAUUUUGCUGGUGGAUGUUUGCCGUAUACGAAGGCAGUAGCUGUAAAACAACCAUGGCUUCAUCAGUUCUUACAUCGUUGGCAAGCAUUUAGAUUCAGUCGAGCUGCUCCUCAUAUUAAAUCCUAUGCUAGAAUAUCUCCUAAUGGACGGGAGAUAGCAUGGUUUCUUCUAACUAGUGCCAAUCUGUCUAAAGCUGCUUGGGGUGCUUAUGAAAAAUCAGGAAGUCAACUGAUGAUUCGUUCCUAUGAAUUAGGCGUUCUAUUUUUACCCAUGAAUUAUAUGGAAUCUGCUCAGUCAUUUCAGGUUUUAAACAGUAGCCUAAAACGGCCUUAUUUAUCAAUCCCUCAAGAAUUACCACCGUUCCCAGUUCCAUAUGAAUUACCACCUGUGCAAUACCGUUCAGAAGGUAUAUUGUUUUUUUUCUGCUGCUGUUCCUAUUGAGCCCUACAUUUCGUGAAUUUUUCCUGAAUGAUUAAAACACUUACAUAUCAACCGUGGAUUUUAGAUAAGGCGUGUGACCUUCCUGAUGUAUUCGGUAAUAUUUGGUCACCGUUGUGAACGCGCAGACAUUUUCCGUUGCUCAACAAGAGAUUUAUCGAUAAUUCACACUUUUAUACUUAUUUCAUUGAGUACAUUCGUGAAUGAAUAUGAAUAACUAUCAUUUAAGUCUUAAAUAUAUUUUUACUUUUGACAGGAAUACAUUUAUUCGAUGACCGGUUGUAUUAUUUGAUAUUUGAUUUUAUUCCCACAUCCCUUCUUCUUUUGCAUCACUAAAUAUAUUAGCUGAACGUUUUUAUUAGGUCAUACUAUUCAUUUAAGUUCUCCUUUAUAAAUGAAAAGUACUUUUCUUUGUUUGGCAGGUUAAUUAGGGUGGUAGGGAUAAGGGGUGUUAUUCAUAAGCUAAAAAAAAACCAUUUCAUGUAAAUUUUCAUUGUUAAGUCUUUCUAAUUUCUUGACUUUCAAUGUUCUCUGUUUCUUAAACUUUUGUUGAAUAAUUCAUCUUUCAAAUAAUCAUUUAUUUUUUUUAACUGACAUAAAUACUCAUGGUAUAUAUUCACAUUUCUUUCUGCAUUUUAAAUCCACUGUUACAGGCAGUUACGUGGUUUGCAACUUCUGACGCACAUUCAUUGUGAGUUCUUUCGCCACCUACUUUGACUGAGACUACCUUGUAUUGUGCAUCAUCUAUGAAUAUACGAUAUCUAUAGUUCCACAGCCUAGCACGGUAAUAUAUAGGCUACUGUUAAUUUAUUUUUGUCUUGCAGAUUUAAUUCUGUGUUGUCAUUUAUUUCAGUGUAGUGGAUAUUGUUUUUUAAGAUGUCCUAAUCAUUUGUGCUUCGUUCUGUUUUCAGUUGUGUUUGGAGUUAGUGUUUUCUUUUUUUUGUUGUUGUUAAUUAAGGGAUUUCAUUGCAUAUUGAAGCGAAAUUCUUUGGAGUUGGCUGUUGAAAUUAUCUCUUUCUUGGUUUUUAACAGCUUAUCUGAACCAUGUUUGCCAUAAUAUCUUACUGAUGAAUGCUUAAGUGAAUUCCGCUUUGAAACUUCAACGGCUAUAAAAUCUUAAGACAUAUAUGGAGUGAAAUACAAUCCACACAAGAAGAUACUCCAUUGAGAUAAUGAAAGAAUUGGUACAAACUACGCAAGUUCCAAUACAGUAAGUAACUUAUGAUUACCAUAAUCAAAGUUAUCUGAUGUUUAUAUUCCUCACCAUAUCGUGAUCAGUCACAUGUAGCAAGAUGACAG